CGCAGCCCUCUCCAGCUCCGCCGCAGCAGCCCGGCCCCAACCCGGUGAAGUGCGCGGAGGACUGCAAGAAUACAACCUGCCCGAGGUCUCGAUGGCACCCAAAGGAUGUUUUAUUUCUGUUGCAAUUUAAAGGGGAAAAAAGGCAACGGCGACCCUGACCCAGGCACGCUAGAGAAAGAACGGCGGGGAAGUGUUCGCGCGCAGCGAAGCGGCGGCCCCACGGGCUGCGGCGGGCGGGGAGCGCAGCGAAGCGACCUUCCCGGUGCGAGUGUGCGGAGACCGGGGCGGACUCUUCUACAACCACGCAAGAGGAGGGGAGAGAAAGACCGCAGCGGAAUCCUAGGACCGGCGUGGCCGGCGCCCUGCCCGGCUGGGCGCAGCAACCGAGGACCCGGAGCUGGCGGCCGCCCUUCGCCCGGCAGCUCCCCGAAUCCCUAGCGCACCCCUCUCUCCUCCGCCCGCGCCGUCAGUGCGGACC